CAAUUUACCAAAUGUUUUAUAGUAUGUAUUCAUACCAUUUCAUGUACUCUAAGGGACUGUGUGACAAAAAGUAGUCCAGAAGAGGAAUUAAGUGUUUUGUUCGACGAACUUAAAUUCAUUCUUGAAAAUGAUGCAUAUGAUGAAAGUCAAAGAAAAAGUCUACGGGAAUCCUAUCCGGAAUAUCUUAAAAUAAUUGAAAAACGGAAGAACGAUCUUUUGAAAGAUGAUCAUGGAAUUGUAAUUGCAGGUGAGCCAAGUGCAGGGAAAUCAACGUUGACAAACAAACUACUACAGAAGAGAAUAUUUAAAUGCAGGAAAAGGGAAUCCACAUCUACACUUUGUACAAUUAGAAAUUCUGAAGAUAUAAGGAUUAUCACUGAAGGUACAAAUGGGGAAACACAAACAAUAUCUUUACCAAGUACAUGCAAUAUCGAAACGGAAAGUGGACAAAAGUUACUGAGAGAUACAUUGAAAAAUCUUACCUCUUCGCAGGAAAGCAAACAUUUUUGUUCUAUAGACGUAGGAUUUCCGAUACCUUUUCUGAAGGGCAAUACAAUCAUCAUUGAUGCUCCGGGAAUAGAUGAUUCAGGAGAUUUUACCAAGAAAUUGAUGGAUUACCUCCCAAAUGCGGUUUCUUUUAUUUUUGUCAUCGAUGUAAAUCGUCUUGGUUGCAUGCAUGAUGAAAAGCUUGCGGGAAUCCUGAGAUCAUUAAUUAAUCUUCAAAUAGAAGACGAAAUGCCAUGCUUUGAUCCCAAAGAAGUAAUCUUCAUAACAAAUAAGUGGGACACCAUAGCAAGAGAUGGGAGUCAUGACAAAGAAAGCAGCGAUAAAAAUCAAGAUGAAAAGAUCUGGAACGAACUCAAAAAUGCUAUCAAAACUAUUUGGCCAUUUGUAAAAGAUGAAAAUAUUUUUAAAAUGAUCUUUACCAUGUAA